AUGCAAAAUGCCUCAUUCUUGGAGACUGGGCUCGCUAACGCCUCGUGCCGGGGCCCGGCGCUGGGCUGCCCCAACGCGUCGAGCCUGGAGCCGCUGCCGCUGCCGCUGGCCGUGGCCGUCCCGGUGGUCUACUCUGUGAUCUGCGCCGUGGGACUGGCGGGCAACUCGGUGGUGCUGUUCGUGUUGCUGCGGGCGCCUCGCAUGAAGACGGUCACCAACUUGUUCAUCCUCAACCUGGCCAUCGCCGAUGAGCUGUUCACGCUGGUGCUGCCCAUCAACAUCGCCGACUUCCUGCUGCAGCAGUGGCCCUUCGGGGAGCUCAUGUGUAAGCUCAUCGUGGCCAUCGAUCAGUACAACACCUUCUCCAGCCUCUACUUCCUCACCGUCAUGAGCGCCGACCGCUACCUGGUGGUGCUGGCCACUGCCCAGUCGCGCCGGGUGGCUGGCCGCACCUACCGCGCGGCGCGCGCGGUGAGCCUGGCCGUGUGGGGGCUUGUCACGCUGCUCGUGCUCCCCUUCGCUGUCUUCGCCCAGCUCGACCACGAGCAGGGCCGGCGCCAGUGCGUACUGGUCUUCCCCCAGCCUGAGGCCUUCUGGUGGCAGGCGAGUCGUCUCUACACGCUCGUGCUGGGCUUCGCCAUCCCGGUGUCCACCAUCUGCGUCCUCUACACCAUUCUACUGUGUCGGCUGCGCGCCAUGAGGCUGGACAGCCACGCCAAGGCCCUGGAGCGCGCGAAGAAGCGGGUGACCUUCCUGGUGGUGGCGAUCUUGGCCGUGUGCCUCCUCUGCUGGACGCCGUACCACCUAAGCACCGUGGUGGCGCUCACCACUGACCUCCCGCAGACGCCGCUGGUCAUCGCUAUCUCCUACUUCAUUACUAGUCUCAGCUACGCCAACAGCUGCCUCAACCCCUUCCUCUAUGCCUUCCUGGACGACGGCUUCCGCAGGAACCUCCGCGAGCUGAUGGCCUGCCGUCCAGCCGCCUGAGCGCCCUGCUCCCUCGCCGCUCCGUCAGUCGCUGCAGCCAGAGUGCAUACCCCACGGGCGCCCUCAGAGACCCCAGGAGACCGUCUCGGGCCUCACACAUUGGAAGCGCUGUGGCUGCACCCCAAAUUUGACUUUGCCAAGCCUUCCGUGUGAUGCCAGUACACACUGCGAUGGAGAACGUCACCCUGACAGCUCCUUAACACUGAAGGGCAUGAGUCAACCCUCCGACAUGGCACCAGGGCUGAUUAGGGCAAAAGAGGAGAGCG